UCCACCAGUGACUCUGUUGUGGUCGCCUCGCCUGCAGUAACGGACGUGCUUUUGGAUUUAGCAGCCGGUGCCUCCGUUCAGCGAUGGAGUGAAGAAGAGCUGCAUAGAGCUGGAGUUAAUGUGAGACGAGUUAUUCAGAGAUGUCUAUCCCCUCCAGUUAGCGGCAGCUCUACAGUGAUGGAUGUGUAAAGGAGAGUCUGCAGCUCUCCUCUCAGGGACAAUAUUCUGCAGCCCUUCUCUGGUCACAGGCCUGCCUGGCAACUAUCAUCCACAUCCUCCCAUCCACCCAUCCUUACCCCAGUCAUGAAAGGCCUGUCCAGUAGUCGGAGUCACCACCACGUGAUCUCCUAUGAGCCAUCAUAUGAUCCACUCGGUCACCACGUUGACCGCAAGCCAUAUUUGAUCAGUCAGAAUGACAUGCAUGUGCCCAUCCCCAUGCCGCAUCCGGCUGAGCUGUCCUACUACAACGCUCAGCGAUCCCCAUACCCCUCUGACAGCAACAGCAUCGUCCCAUACGGAACCUUCCCGAGGAGGUGCCACUCCACCUCCUCAUCCCACCAUCCUGAGGUAAAGGAUGAGUGUAUGGCCAUGGUACCAUAUAUAAUAGGAGGAGGUGGAGGAGGAGGAGGAGGAGGAGGAGGUGGAGGAGGCUAUGGAGGUAAAACGCCCACCCGGGUACCAGCAAACUUUGCGGACCCGUUUGAGCGUCAGCCGUCAUUCUCUAGAGAUGGCUACCAUACUCUGCAGUAUAAACGAGGAGUGCUGGCCACCAGUGGGGGGGCGGGGGCCAACAACAUCAACAAUGACAGUCCAGGGAGAAUUCGUCACCUGGUCCACUCAGUGCAGAAACUCUUCACCAAGUCCCAUUCACUGGAGGGGCCGCAUCACACACAGUCCUCCAAGGGGGCCAAUAAUGGGAGCGUUAAUGGUGGUGGUGGUGGUGGAGCAGGUGGUGGUGGUGGUUCAAGGGCCAGCCCAGACGGUGAAACUCCACCAGGAGUGCGCCACCGGAAGCGCAGCAAGAGCCGCGAGCGCUGUCGAUCAGCGGAGCCCAAGCAUCGAAGCCACCACCAUCACCACCACCAGCUCCACGGCUCAGCGUCCGCUCCGGGCUCCGGGUACUGGAGCUCAGAUGACAACCUGGAACGGGAGCUGUGUCUCUACCACCCUCAUCACCACCAACCUCCACCCUCACCCUCACCCUCCAUUUCCCCCUCCCCCAUAGCCAUGACAAUGGGCCGGUACUCUGUCAACAACCCCGACAAAUACCCCCAGACUCCCAUCCCCGUACUCUCCUCCUCGCAGUCCCAGCAGUACUUCAUGAUGGACCCUUACGGCACACUCAAUGAGCACACACACACCCACGCACACCAUGGCCACGCACACCACCAUUCUGCACUCAAAGUCUCCCGGAGCAACAACGAUGUGAAGUAUGCAGCGUCGUCAGCAUGUCUGCCAGUUAGUGGCAGCAGCAAUAACAGCGGUGGCGGUAUCGGUGGAGGAAGUGGCCCCUUGCUACCAAUGGGGCUUGUGGACGGGCCCGUUGUGAAGAAAGGGGCAUGGUCAUCGAGCCUAACGGUGAGCAGGGCCCGAGAGGUCUACACCAACAACAGCAGCCACAACCAGCUUCGAGCCAGCGCAGGAUCCGGUAACCUAAACCUAGAUAGAGCUCUAGUCAAAUCUAAGGGCAGUCAGCAGCAGGAGCGCACUUGCCAUUUCUUACAGGUACCUCAGGAUGAGUGGAGCGGCUUCUCUCCUCUGGGGAAGGAGGACGACAUCCCCUGUCGGAGGAUGAGGAGCGGCAGCUACGUCAAAGCCAUGGCGGAGGACGACAGCGGAGACUCUGACGGGAGUCCCAAACCCUCGCCGAAGGUUCAGGCACGCCGGGCCAGCUACCUGAAAGCCACACAGCCAUCACUGACGGAGAUGACAACUCUACAGAUUUCCACGGAGCACUCCCCCAAGCUUCAGAUCAGGAGCCACAGCUACCUCCGUGCGGUGAGUGAGGUUUCAAUCAAUAGAAGCCUGGAUACCCUGGACCCCAAAACCCUCCUCGACCCCAAAUCGCUGCUGUCCUCACCCCAAUACCGCUCACGCAAUGAAAGCUACAUGCGGGCCAUGAGCACCAUCAGUCAGCUUAGUGAGCUGGAGGUGAACGGGCAGAUAGAGCAGGUCUGUGAGCAGGUCUACAGCGCGUUGCAGGCCCAGGCCAUGGAGGCCGCCAUGGACAGCCUGGACACCAUGGACACCCUGCCCAUGCCUGGAUGCUUCCGGAUGCGGAGCCACAGCUACGUGAGGGCGAUCGAUCAGGGCUGUUCUGGAGACGAGGAAGGGGAGGGAGGGAGGCCGCUGCUCCUGCUGCCGUCCUCCCCGCCGCGCACAACUGCUACCACCGUGAGAACCAUCCAGAGCAGCACAGUUUCAUCCUGCAUCACCACCUACAAGAAAACGCCUCCUCCAGUGCCGCCCCGAACCAGCACCUGCUCCUCAGCCUCCAAGCCCUACAUCUCCAUCACCGCCCAGAGCAGCACUGAGUCUGCACAGGAUGCAUACAUGGAGGAGGAGGGACCGAGAGGUGACAUGACCAUCCAAUCAGGGCUCAGCAACUCAACAGAAAGCAUCGACAGCAUGAAGGCUCUGACUGCUGCCAUAGAGGCUGCUAAUGCACAGAUCCACGGACCGGCCAGUCAGCACAUCAGCAACAGCAUGGCUGUCAGCAUGGCCGUUCCCCCAAUGCUGACCAGGGGGCCCGUUAUAGAAAUCCACCGAGACGACUACAGGAAAGAAGCUUUCAGGAGCAAGGGCAAAUGUCUCUCCAUAGGCAUUCAGGUGGAUGGACCAGAGGAGAUUCCAGAUCCAGAGGACCCAUCUAAGUUCACCUCUGUAGGGGUACAAGUGGAGGAUGACAGAGGGUACCGUCGAUUCCAGCGCUCCAACAGUGUGACGGCAGCUGUGCAGGCAGAUUUGGACCUGCCAGACCACAUGGACACCCCUCUGGACUCUGACACUGACAUGGAGAUCAUGUCACCCGGGGCCCUCUCUCGACAAUACUCUCGUGAUGCUGCCACUUCCACCGUCAGCAUCCAGGGCUCAGGGAACCACUACCACGCCUGUACCUCUGAUGACUACGACGAUGUAGGUUUCGACCCGUCCAUCCUCCCUCCUCCAGACCCCUGGAUAGACAGCGUGACGGACGAUUCACUCGAUGUCAACUUCAACAGCUCGUCCAUCCUCGAGCAGGUGGUGCAGCGGUCAGUGUGCCACAGAGACGGACGCUGGUUUCUGAAGCUGUUGCAGGCAGAGACUGACCGCUUGGACGGCUGGUGUCGACAGAUGGAGCUGGACCAGCGGGAGAACGACCUGCCUGAAGAAGUCCUUGGAAAAAUGCGGAGUGCUGUUGGAAGUGCUCAGCUUCUCAUAUCGCAGAAGUUUCAACAGUUCAGGGAGCUGUGUGAGGAGAACCUGAACCCGAACGCCCACCCCCGUCCUGUGGCCUCAGACUUGGCUGGUUUCUGGGACAUGCUUCAGCUGUCAAUCGAGAACGUAAGCCUUAAGUUUGAUGAGCUUCACCAGCUCAGAGCCAACAGCUGGAGACCUCUGGAUCCCCCUGACAGAAAGUGAAGGCGUUUGCAAACAACCACACAUCAAUCAGCAUAACUGCAAUGCCAACAGCACCUCAGGGCCUUGACACCUCUGGGCCACCGUAGAACCAUAAUGUCUGUC